UUCUAGCGCCACAUCAAAAUUCUUCGAUAGGAUUAGAGGCAACAACAGAAUUCUAUUAGAUAAUCCAUUGUUCUAUUAGCUAAUCAACUGUUGUAUAAGAUAAUCGAAUACAAUACUUUUGAUUUCAAGAUAUUUUGGAUAGCCUCACCAAAUCAGUUAUUGAAGUCUUACUGAAGAUCGUACUCAAGUAGGAAAGUCCUAGAUCUAGCUAGUUGUAUGUGUUCUAGAAAUCUACCAAAUCAAGACAUUUGGUAGCAUCGGUAAACAGUGCGGCCUGGAGACAUCAACUGGCCAACAGACAUCAAUUGGCCAACAUACAUCAACUGGCCAACAGACAUCAAGUGGCCAACAGACAUCAAUUGGCCAACAUACAUCAACUGGCCAACAGACAUUAGUUGGCCAACAGACAUCAAGUGGCCAACAGACAUCAAGUGGCCAACAGACAUCAAGUGGCCAACAGAGGUUUGAUGUAGCGUGGGAUGAAGCCUAGCUUGGCGCCGUCUGGACCACUCCUGGCUAGUCGUGACGUCGAACAUUUUUUUGACCAUUUGGACAGCACCAAACGUCGAGUUUUCUCGGACAUCCGCGCAAAGACCGAAGAUUUAGCGAUUGGGUUAGGAUUAGGCCAAGAGUCUGGCUGCAAGAACAGCAACUCUUCGUCCGGCAAGCUGAGGGUCAAGGCUGAUCAAGUUAUUAACUGUGACGUCGCAGGUGAUUGCUCUGACGACAUCCGGUUUGAGGGUGCUAUAGAAAAUAUUGGGCAAAAGAUGUACCAAAGUAGCCUAGCAUUGUCCACAGCAGGCUACGUGCAGGAGGCCGCAAGCAAUGGAUACCUGAAUGCAGGAACAAGUCCAGUGUACGUGCCCCCCACUAGAGCCAUGUUACCUGUUCAGUACAUGACCACGCCCAAUCCAAAUAUGACCACGCCUACAACGUCAUCUAUUUGGACUUCACCUAAUGACGUCACUGCGUACGCGCACAACAACACAUUCGCUUUUCCUACACCAUCAACAGCAACACCACCCAGGAGCGAGUCCACUGGGUUUGCAAGUUCGUUGGGACGCUCGAAUGGUCUAGGGAACUAUGCGCCCUACAUCGGCAGCGACUUGUCGCCUUGGAACACUUUCAACAACAUGGCUUUACAACAAGGCUUUCGUCCUACCACCGGACCAGAUGGACAGGAGUACUGGGCCGACCUUGAGGGACGGGAGUGUGUCAACUGUGGCUCCAUCUCUACCCCACUGUGGAGGCGGGACGGCACUGGACAUUAUCUUUGCAACGCCUGUGGAUUGUACCACAAAAUGAAUGGCCUCAAUCGGCCUCUUAUCAAACCACAGAGGCGGCUGACGCCGAUGUUCUUCAAUUCUCAGUCCGCCUCACGCCGAGUUGGUCUGUCGUGCGCCAACUGCCACACCAACACCACAACACUAUGGAGGCGCAGCAACGAGGGCGAACCUGUUUGUAAUGCCUGUGGACUUUACUACAAGCUGCAUGGGGUCAACCGUCCACUGGCCAUGAAGAAAGAUGGGAUACAAACCAGGAAAAGAAAACCUAAAAACGUCAACAAAACCAAGUCGGAAGAUGUAAAAAGUCAAGUCUCAGCCAAAGGAAGCAGCGACCGUAGCACUGACGUCACCCGUAGCUCUGACGUCAACCGUAGCUCUGACGUCAACACAAAAGGGGGCGGGGUCAUGUCUGUCAGUCCAAAGGCUGAGGUCAAGUCAGGCGGGGACCAGAAGAGUGCUGGGUACUCACAGGUCAAGUUAGAGCAGGCGGAAACAGGCGUCAGGCCGUCAGGCAACCAGCUCGACCACUCCAACAUGGCGUACGCCGAGUACCCUAAAACUAACCCUAACCUUGACCCUGAACAAUACAAAAGCCACUACGGCCUGGACGCCAUGAAGCUUGGCUAUGUAGGUCAAGUCAACAUGACAUACCUUGAGGCAGCCAGAUCUGCCGGCUACUUCCACGCCCCAACCCCUGGGUACAGCCAAGGUUACCAUGAGCCGGUCAAAAUGUCCGGCUACCAUGAACCGGUCAAAAUGUCCGGCUACCAUGAGCCGGUCAAAAUGUCCGGCUACCACGACCAAGAGAGACCAGAUUACGCUCCUCGCGCCAAUAAAUGCGACUAUAUGGAGGCGCUAAAGGUCGAAUCGUUUGAAAUGCCGCAAAGAAACGAUUACAGCGAGACGUCAGAGAAAACAGAUUACAACAGUGGCAAAAAUCAUUUUUAUGACUUUGUCCAUCCCAAGUCCGGCUAUGGAACACAAUUUAAGUCUGGCAACGAAGCAGUUGACCAAACGGGGUGUUCUCUACCUCCAACAAAUUCCAUCAAACUGACGUCACCGUCCCACACUAUACUGACGUCACAGCACUUGUCAUUGAUGUCAGCCGCCCCUCACAGUUACGUAGCGCAGACGUCACCUAAAACUGUCCCCGUCUCUCUCCAUGACGGUUACCCGGUACCUGAUGGUUACCAUGGCGACGAAAGCUAUCUUAGACACCAUGACUCACCCAAUGACUCAGCAAAUGACUCCUCGCCCUCAGCAAGUCUGCGGGGUACAGAGGCAACUCUACACGCCAUGACAACAGCCAGCUAAACACAUGACAACAGCCAGCUAAACACAUGACAACAGCAAGCUAAACACAUGACAGCAGCAAGCUAAACACAUGACAGCAGCAAGCUAAACACAUGACAUUGACCAGCUAAACACAUGAAAGCAGCCAGCUAAACACAUGUCAACAGCAAGCUAAACACAUGACAGCAGCAAGCUAAACACAUGACAUUGACCAGCUAAACACAUGACAACAGCCAGCUAAACACAUGACAGCAGCCAGCUAAACACAUGACAGCAGCAAGCUAAACACAUGACAGCAGCAAGCUAAACACAUGACAUUGACCAGCUAAACACAUGACAACAGCCAGCUAAACACAUGACAGCAGCCAGCUAAACACAUGACAGCAGCCAGCUAAACACAUGACAGCAGCCAGCUAAACACAUGACAGCAGCAAGCUAAACACAUGACAGCAGCAAGCUAAACACAUGACAUUGACCAGCUAAACACAUGACAACAGCCAGCUAAACACAUGACAGCAGCCAGCUAAACACAUGACAGCAGCCAGCUAAACACAUGACAGCAGCCAGCUAAACACAUGACAGCAGCCAGCUAAACACAUGACAGCGGCCAGCUAAACACAUGACAGCAGUCAGCUAAACACAUGACAGCAGCCAGCUAAACACAUGACAGCAGCAAGCUAAACACAUGACAGCAUCCAGCUAAACACAUGACAGCAUCCAGCUAAACACAUGACAGCAGCCAGCUAAACACAUGACAACAGCAAGCUAAACAUGUUAUACUAUUACACAUUUAAGAAAGAAGAUACUGUUACACUUAUACGAAUGUUAAUAUUGAUUUCAAUACGUAGAUUGUAAUACACAUAUGUGAAUAUUAAUAA